CACUCCUCUCGAGGGUUGGAAAAACGUGUAGUGUUGCUCCUACGUCGUGGAUAGAGGGCUUUCGCCUGCCUCUGGGGAUCUAAGGUACCUCAAUUGCCCAGACGGGUUAAUUAAACGGCUAUUGAAGGCGAGAAAAAAAUCGAAGGAGAAUGGAUUAUCGGAGAGGGCAGUAUGGUAGCCAAGAGAGCUUCGAUUUUCGAGAUGAUGGAGACAGCCGAAGGCAGCGAGGCCGUUCGGCUCAUCGAGACGAUGACUACGAGUUCAGUAACGGGAGGGAUUACGACCCCCCGAGAAGGGAUCGCUCCUCCAGUCGCAAUCGCGAGAGCAACAUGGUCUACAGAGGGCAGAAACCGAAAUCGAGACCUGAGGAGUCCAGAGGGGCCGGCAAGCCGGGACCGGGGACUCUGAAGAGUAUGGACAGCAUUCAGGAUCCUGGCAAGCGUUAUGUCUUGAAGGAUGUCAUUGGCACUGGGGUCUGUGGGACCGUUUACUCGGCUGUGGACACCCAAGCUGGUAACAAGAAAGUUGCAGUGAAGAUUCAAGAUCUGACCCCCGACACUCAACAGCUAAUAGUCGAGGAAUACCGUGUGCUCCGUGAUUUCUGUGGGCACUCGAAUCUCCCCGAUUUCUACGGUAUUUACCGUAAGAGAGCUUCGCGAAAAGGAGACUACGAUCAAAUAUGGCUGAUCAUGGAGCUAUGCGAGGGGGGACCAGUCAUGGAUCUUGUGAGGGGUCUCGGUGUAUCCGAGAAGAAAAUCCAGGAGGAGCAGAUCGCUUAUGUUCUCAAAGAAAUAGUCAAGGCCCUAUCUUACCUCCACGAGAACCGCGUGAUCCACCGAGACGUCAGAGGCGACAAUAUCCUGCUAUCCAAAGAGGGAGAAGUCAAACUAGUUGACUUUGGUUUCUCAAGAAUGUUCAAAGGCGAAGCUGGCAAGCGAAAUACGACGAUCGGAUCUCCCUGCUGGAUGGCACCGGAAGUGGUGACCAGCCGAGGAGACCCCGACGGUGGAUACACAGCAAGAUCAGACGUCUGGUCCCUCGGGAUAACAGCGAUUGAGUUAGCGGAUGGGAAGGCUCCCUUCCAGGACAUGCACCCGACGCGAGUCCUCUUCCAGAUCGUGAGGAACCCGCCACCGGGUCUGCACAGGCCCGUCAACUGGUCCGAGAACUUCAACGACUUCAUCUCCGAGUGCCUCGAGAAGAACCCUGAGAACAGGCCCGUCAUGGCCGAGAUGCUGAUGCACCCGUUCCUGGCGGAACUGCCCGAGAACGAUUAUCACCUGACGCAGGAGCUGAAGGCCCUCUCCAUGGGGGUCAGGGAGAGGAAGCCCGUCCCGAGGCCGCCGGAGGUCAUGGUGAGGAACGGAUUCCUGAAGAGGGAUCAGGAGAGACCGGCGGAGGCCAUGCUACAUGAGGAUCUAGCUGCUCUAGAGACCCUCACUGAGGACACUAUUCUCGAUGAACUUCACGAGAGACUUCGGAGGGGACAUUUCCAGACUUUCGUGGGGGACAUUCUGGUGAUUCUGAAUCCCAACGAGAUUCAGGACAUUUAUGGAAAUGAUUACCACGAAAAAUACAACUUUAAAUCUCGCUCGGAGAACUCUCCCCACAUCUACUCAGUAGCAGACAGUGCGUACCAGGACGUUCUCCACCACGAGGAGCCCCAGCACGUUCUCUUCGCCGGUGAAAGUAACUCCGGGAAAACCACAAAUGCACUACAUCUUAUCAAACAUCUCAUGUACCUCGGCAAGAGCGCAACGGACAUCGGAGUGAGAGUUUUCAAAGCCAUUGACUUGAUCCACUCGUUCUCCCAUGCAGCAACACCACUCAACACCAAUUCAACGCGAUGUGUUCUGCAGAUACAGACGACAUUUGGAUCCACUGGCAAGGCUUCGGGGGCUAUUUUCUGGCUGUACCAGCUGGAGAAAUGGAGAGUAUCCACAAAAGACACAAAUAAAUCAAACUUCCACGUAUUCUACUACUUGUACGACGGCAUCGAGGCCAAAGGGAGACUGAAGAAGUACAAUUUACCCCGAGGCAGGCGGAUGAGGUACCUCAGGAUGAACGAUUCGAGCUCGAGAAAUCGCUCGUUCAAAGUGAGAAACGAUCCUCAGGGAAAUUCACUCAAGUUUGAUGAGAUCGAGGAGACACUGAGGCUGAUGGAAAUGGAUGAGCACACUGAUUUCAUUUGGACUACACUGUCAGCUAUUCUACUCCUUGGGGAGGUGUCCUUCACUGAGGGGAACAAUGGGGAGGCUGAAGUGGAAAAUAGGGAUCUAGCGUAUACCGUGGCAGAGCACCUGGGCACAGACCCCAAGAAAUUCGUCUGGUGCCUCACGAACUACUGUAUUUUGAAGAAAGGCGCUGCAGUUCGUCGCAAGCACACCUGCGAGGAGGCCAAAGAGGCUCGCGAUGUUCUGGCGAAUACUCUGUACCAAAGACUAGUCGACUGGAUAAUUAAUAGCAUUAACAUCAAAUUGGCCAUGACGAGGACACUCUUCGGGGAUAAAUACGUUGUUAGUGUCCUGGACAUGUUCGGGUUCGAAUGCUUCUCUGCCAAUCGAUUUGAGCAGCUGAUUGUGAAUACUAUGAAUGAGCAAUUGCAGUGUUAUUAUAAUCAGAGGGUGUUUGCGUGGGAAAUGCAAGAACAAGAAGAAGAGAACAUUCCAGUGCAGCACUUCCACUACUACGACAAUCGCGAAGCAAUCGAGCAACUGAUGGGGAAAAAUUCCGGGCUAUUCCUCUUAAUCGACCACGCCUCGCGCCAACAACAGGACACCCAGUACAUCAUCGAGAAAGUGAAAAGACACGCGAGGAGUGUUCACGUAAAGGCUGUGAGCUAUCACGAGUUCACAGUUGCCCAUUACACUGGAAAAAUCACUUACGACGCCGCUGAGAUAGUCGAGAAGAACCGGGACUUCAUUCCCCCUGAGAUGAUUAACGCCAUGAGACUGUCUUCGCACGACGUCAUCAAGCAGUUGUUCACGAAUCAAUUGACAAAGUCUGGGAAUUUGACGGUUGUUGUUGAGGGGCCUAGAACUGCUCAGAAAAGGGUGAAACCGAAGAGGGAGUUGUUGGGACUGCCUGAGCCCUCGAGACUCAGGAGAUUCAAUACAGCAUCAAGAGGACAAUUCUCCCAAACCCGAAAAAUGCGAACGUGUGCGGCAAUAUUCAAAUCCACAAGCUUGGAGAUCCUCAAGAACCUCUCAAUCGGUGGAGGAAGUGGAGGAACGCACUUCGUGAGGUGCAUCAGAGCGGACCUAGAAGCAAAACCCCGUGGAUUCCACCGAGAAAUAGUGAGGCAACAGAUCAGAGCACUUGCUUUACUGGACACUGCCAAAGCUCGACAGAAAGGCUAUCCGCACCGAGUGCCAUUCCAAGAGUUUCUUCGAAGAUAUCAGUUCCUAGCCUUCGACUUCGACGAAAACGUGGAGAUAACCCGAGACAACUGUCGCCUGCUGCUGGUGCGCCUGAAAAUGGAAGGCUGGGUGGUGGGUAAAACAAAGGUCUUCCUGAAAUACUACAACGAAGAGUACCUAGCGCGUCUCUACGAGAUCCAAGUCCGUAAGAUCAUAAAGAUCCAGGCGAUGCUGAGGUCCUUCCUCGCCAGAAAGAAAGCGAACCGAGUGGCCAACAAGAAGAAGGGAAACGAGAAGGCGAAACUCCAGAAGAAACAGAGCAUCUCGCACAUGUCACAGGACGAAGCGGCCACGAAAAUCCAGGCGCGAUUUCGAGGUCACCAAACACGAAAGGGGACCGGACCCUUACUGAAGGGGGACUUCGACGUGGACACCAAAGACUUCAUGGCGUACUACUUCAGAAAAUGGAGGACUAAGAGUGUCUUCCAGGUUCUCCUGAGGUACAGAGCUGUUCGCUACCAAGACCUGGUGCAACUCUCCCAGCAGGUGCACCUGUUCAACCAGGCACUGAACUCUGCGAUGCAUAAAUCGAACCUGAAAGUUCCCUCAGGCCGAAUCGAUCCCAAUGUGACUGUCGAUUCCUUCCUGGAGAAGCGAAUGCCGCAGGUUCAUAAACUACCCUUUGACCUCAGCCAGGAGUUCCCCAUGUUCGACACAACCUACAUGAACGAGCCCUCGACCUCCAGAAGGCCUCGGGGCAAUUCCCCCUGCUCCUCGCUGUCCGAUGAGGACAUGCACGAGAACUGGGACGCACCCCUCAGGAGACAGACUGUCCCCUGGUUCACGAGUGCUAGUAAGAGGGAUGUCGAGGUGCAGACCACCAACUCCCCGCACAGAUCACCUAGGGGUCCGGUCAACAGUGGACAGAGCAUCAUCAAUACUCCUUAUUCCAGGGAUCCCAGGGUACCGGUGCAACUGCCGCCUGAGGUGGCGCCACCCAAGGUCAAUCCUACUGUGAGUAGGGGGAAUUUCAUGGGACCCACAGGACCAACUGCUGGAAGCUACCUUUCUCGCUCAAAUAAUUAUAAUAAAAAUAACAAUGACUCGGUGAGGUCCAAGAAGAAGAAUCCACCACCACCGAUUCCACAGAUGCAGAAUAGAAAUUGGGGGGACCACGAGGGGACUAGUCGGAGGGGAAGUGCUAAUGAGCUAGAUUUCGAUAGAAAUCGAAAUAUGGCUGGUACUAAUAGGGCGAAUCCAAUUAAUGAAUUGAAGUCCAUUGGACGUAGAAAUAGCAACAAUAAUGAUUUUGACGAGGAGCCUCCUUUUAACUUCCAGGCAAUGCUUCGAAAAACUCCUCAUCAACGUGAAUCGAUGAAGCGUACCCCAAUAUACGACAGCUACCGACCACCACCGCCAUCAUACGACCCACCCUCCCUACCAAAGCCAUCAAAACAAGUACGUGAAAAUGAAUUUAGCUAUAAAGCCAGCACUGAUCCAGACGCAGUGACGGUUUACCGCAGUGGGAGUAAUGUCGAGUCCCCAGAGUGGAGUCCCAACGAGAUGGUCAGAAUGUCUGAGAAAUACGGGCGCGAGGGUGCCUGGGGAGGUGACCAGCCAGAAGAUAAGGCCGCGGAGGGUGCCUCCGGCAUGGAAUCAGGUAAAAAACCUCAGAGAAUCGACGCACCAACGACAGUCAUUGGACCUGACGGACUAUCUCGCGUUGAAAUUGCACCUGGCAUUAUUGUGGAGGGGUACUGCAAGGAUUUUUGAACUUAUAAGCGAUGAAAACUCAACAAAUAACGAUUUUUCAGUCAUUGGUUAUAAUGAAAAUCGUUGGGAUUAGAAUAAUGAAUAAAAAACGAAAAUUAAAAAAAAAUUGCAUGAAUUAUUUUUAGAUUAUGAUAAAAAAUAAGUAAAAAAUGUGAAUAUCAAAUGCCGAAUAACUAGACAUUAUUCGACGAAAUAUUUAACCGAUGAAGUAAGAAAUGCAAAAAUCAAUUGUUUAGGAAAUUUAUAAAAAUAACUUUAUUUCAGACAUAUUAUUCUUCCAGGAAUUACGAAUAAUUGAUAAUUCCACUCCCUACAGUUGUUAAAUAAAUAUGAAUAAUUUUAAUUUAAUGCAUAAAUAGUUAGAAUGUCCAUAGAACCUGCAAAACUCAACUAGGUGUAAAAUAUAUUACGAGUAUAAAAGACUCUGAUUGAUAAUUAACUGAACGAUGAUAAUUGUACUGAUCUACUGGCCAUAGAAUACUUCUGUUGUAAAAAUCAUAGAUCGUAAGGAUACAUGUAAGAAUCACAGUAAAAUUAAACGAAUUACUCUGGAUAUCUUCUCCAGUGUAUUUUCGAAUAUCAAA